GGGCUUAUUGAAAAUUAUACGGCCUUGUUCACUAUCCUAAAUAACUCUCAAGUGAUUGCAUUGAUUGUGAAUCGGCGGUCAGUGAUUCUGCUCACAUAGCUGUCGGUCUUCAGGGGUUAUUUGUCCAUUUUGCUCAAGUGAAUGUCUCUCCAAGGCUAGAAUAAUGGCGGUUAUACUUGAGACCCUCUCGGUUCGCAAGCUUGUUCUUUUGGGACUAGGAAUUGUAGUGGUUCUAUCGGCGUUCUUCAUUGCCGGCGGUAAAAUCGCCCCAUCUCCCACGACUGCCAUGGUCCACAUAGCACAUAUCUGCCGGGCAGACAAACCAAGUCAACCUCAGGAACCAUGGACAUGCCAUAGGUUACCAAACAUGGACGCCGCCAAGGCCGACCCUAAGGCAACGCCCCAAAACAUAGUCUUCGCCAUUCAAUUCCCUCACCCUGGGCUAGAGAUGUCACGGUGGCAUCAAUUUAUAGUUUCGUCUGUUCGUUUGGAAAUCGAGUACGACGAAGACCAGAAGUACGGUAUUCCAGGCAAAAAAGAUUCCUACCCGGUGUGGACGUUUGAAGCACGACUUUACUACAAAGACAAGAAUGACACGAGUACGGAGUGGAAGGAAAUGGCGACCUCCACGGAGGAGCGGAGCCUGGUCUGCAACUUCACUAGAUCUAAGUCAGCAGGUGGCGGGAUAUAUCAGUGUGCCGAUAUCCCGUUCUUCGAAAUCGGGAGCGUGUACCACGAGUACUACCUCGUCAACCUCCUGCUUCCCGCGCACCGAAACAAGAACCGCUUCAUAGGCAAAGUCGCUGAAGUUAAUUUUGUGGAGAUCCAUCAGAAUGGCGGCUUCACUCGUGUCUGGUUCGCCAUGAAGACCAUCGUUACGCCUUUCAGUAUCGCUAUGCUCCUAUGGUUCGCCAAAAAAGUGAAGGGUCUGAGCCGAGAGCCACUACUAUUGGAAAAAACGAUGUUCAUUCUUGGAGUUGUCGCGGUAUUUCUGAACUUCCCCAUAGAGUGGUUCACUUUGUGGGUGGAUAUGCCCUUCAUGUUAUUAUUUACGGAUAUUCGCCAAGGCCUGUUUUACGCUAUGCUUAUGUGUUUUUGGAUCAUUUUCACCGGUGAACAUUUGUUGGACCAGUCUGAACGCAACAAACUCAAGGUGUACUGGCGCCAGGUUGGUUGUAUCGGGUUUGGCUGCCUGUGUCUGCUGGUGUUCGAUAUGUGUGAAAGGGGCUACCAGCUACAUAAUCCGUUCUACUCGAUCUGGGCCACUGAACUCGGAAGUAAAUUGGCUUACGCGUUCAUCAUCUGUGCAGGUAUCUGCGCAUGCGUAUAUUUUCUGUUUCUGUGCGUCAUGGUGAUCAAGGUGUUCUGGAAUAUUCGCGGGAAACGAGCGACCUUCGCCAAGAUGUCGCGUGCUCGCCGACUACAUUACGAGGGUCUUAUUUACCGGUUCGAGUUCCUGAUGGUAAUAACUCUUCUCUGUGCCGCUCUCACCGUCAUCUUCUUCGUUAUCAGUAACGUGAACGAGGCUCAAUGGAAAUUCGGCUCCGAGGAGUCCACCGUCGAGAUAUCCAGCGCCCUCUUCACCGGUAUCUAUGGCAUGUGGAACACAUACGUACUGACGCUCAUGUAUCUGUAUGCACCAUCUACCGGGGAUUUCGCAGCUGGAUACAAUGAAUCACGUGAUACGGUUGAGCUGACAGGCGAACCGAAUGAAUCCGGCGCUCGAGAGAGCAUCGUGUACUCAAUGGCGGGAAAAACCUCAAUGGAGUAGAAUACAAGUACCGCGGGCUCAGAAGAAACAACCAAUCACAGGCGAGGAAGGUGAAACAUGAAUUGAUAGGCAAGAAGAGAACAGAGAGACUUGUCGUUAAAUUAUCGUUAUUCAGUUUCUUGUAAUGGAUGCAAGGGUGAGAGAGUGUCUCUCCACACGUCAUAGUUGACGACGUUGAUUUAAAAUAAAAAAGGCAGUUGUAAUAGUGUUCCGCAAUGAACUUAUUCUAACAAAGGAAGGAAAAGGAAAUCCUAGCCUUAUUAUCAUGUAAUGAAGUUUCUUCCAAAACUGGACAUGCUAUAAAAGAAAGAUACAUAAAUGAUAUCACAAAACAGUUCGACCGCAAUGCCUCCCUAUUACCGAAGCCUCGAAUAUCUCUAUUCACGAAUGUCUAUAUGCUCAGUUUACCAGUAGCUCGGAAUUACGAGAUAGCUUGACUUGUCAGUGGCGUAGGGUGUACAAAUGCUUGAUAAACAUCUUGUUUGUCGUGUCGUAACUAUCUCCCUCACCAACACUAAUGUAAAUCUACCGCGCUCACUCUAUAACUUAUACAAAUCUGUUACUCCUGCAAUAAACUAAAAUAUUAAGAAGGCGCAUUUCAGAUAUCUCUGCUUGGUAAUAGAACAAAUUACUAGAUACCAUAACUUAUUUCUUUCGAUGGGUUUCGCGUAUCACAAGCGUGUGAUCGCGGGGACGAUAAGUGGGUUGCAAAACAGGGUAGCUAGAUAGCCUAGAUAGUGAAAAUAUCUUCAACCUAGGGGAAAAUGUGAACUUGUGAACAUCCAUGUCACUUGUAAGUUAUUCUAAAUUAACUACUUAGAAUAGGUGUUUAAUUGGAAUAGGAUAGGACAAAAUAAAGAAGAAUACGCAAA